GACCGGGAUAGCGGGGGACUAGGAGUGGUGUCCCCUCCUCACCGGCGGGAUGAGCCCGGGGCUGGCCAGCAUGAGUGCCAGCCUGCUGCUGCUGCUUCUCUGCCUGCUCGCGCAUGAAACCAAGUCAGCAAGUGUCUCGCUGGCCCAGGAUCCAGAGGGGCCCCAGUUGAUCCCUGUAGCUUUGAGUCGCAGCACAGAGGACUCCGAGUUCUACCAACAUGAAGAUCAUCUUUGCAGAAAGUGCCCUGCAGGUUUCCAUGUUGAAAAGCAUUGUGUUACCUCUAACACUAGCGGGAAGUGCUCUCGGUGUGAAGAAGGAGCUGAAUUCACAGAGUACCCCAAUGCGCUUCCCAAGUGCCUGACUUGUCGUGUCUGCAGAAAAGAUGAGGUGCAGCUGAGUAAGUGCAACAGCAGUAAGAACACGCAGUGUACUUGCAAGAAUGGUACCUUCUGCUCUCCAGACCAUCCCUGUGAAAUAUGCCAGAGGUGCACACUCAGGUGUCCUGAAGGAGACACACAGGUCAGUUCCUGCACACCACAAAGUGACAUCCAAUGUGCACAUCCCACAGGCCCGCCUCCUGCGGCAGGCGGCGUUGCAGGCUGGAUGGUAAUUUGUAUUGUAGCACUAGUCAUCUUGAUCUUGCUUGCAGUCUUGUGGUGGUGUUGGUACAGUCGCAACUCGUCUUCUGGAGGUGAUUCAAGAAAGAUGUCAGGCAGCUUCAAGUUUUCCUUAACAAAGGCGCAUAUCCUUUCACCACUGAGGAACUGCACUCGAGGGAGGCUGGCAACUCAGGACAACAGGCGGAAUGAGCAGUUAGAUCAGGAAUCCCAGCAUGGGUUGCUGGCUGUGUCAGACCCUAAAGAAGCAGUAAGGAAGAAUAGUCGAUGUGAGACUACAGCUCUAUCUGCAGCAGACAGUGCCCUCAAGCAGGAGGGAAACCCAGCAUCUCAAGUGGUGAGCAGGAGGAGGAAACUGGUUCCAGGGAGAGGAAAGGACCCAAUAGAGACUUUGCGGUGCUCCUUCGACACCUUCACUCAAGAAGUGCCCUUCAAGGACUGGAGACGGUUUGGGAGAGCCCUCCUCCUCACAGAAAAUGAGAUUGAGAUCGCGGAGAGGAGUGACAAGUACUCACAGGAGCCACAUUACCAGAUGUUAUGCACCUGGCUGAACAAAGCAGGAGUAGGGGCUUCUGUCAACCAGCUACUGGAGACACUAGAUAAGAUUGAUCUCAGGGGCGUUGCAGACAUUAUCUGCUCCAAGCUUAUUGGCCUUUAUGAGGAAGAAGAAUUAAACUGAGGAACAGGGUGGGAUUGCCUUGCUUCUCUCCAAGCCAGAACCAUAAAUGCCUCUGAAAUCCUGGAUACCCCCUGCCCAAAGAUCUCCUGGGCUGCUCCUGAGUAAGGCAUCCUUGGUAGAUACCAGCUGGGCUGGGGGAAUUGGUUGUCUUUUAGAGACAAGAGCCUUGCAAGCCCUCUAGGAAGAGUGAUGCUGCAAAAGCUGUUUAACAAACAGAUUCUUCCUCUGAAUGACAGGAUCUAAGUUACUGUCAGACAUCCAGGCUGGGAUUUCCUUGUAACACUCUGUUGCAAUGACUCUGCUAAUAUGUUACUGUGGAGCACCACUGGAAUCUUACCCCAUGGGUAUUGGCAUCGCCUGGCUUUUUCUGGCUGCAGGGACUUGGCUUUUGGCAGCUGGAGGGAACUGCAACUGGCAAAGCUGGCAUGUUUGUCAUUCAGGGCCACCUCCAAAAGCUCUGACUAAAUGUUAUACCACCUGCUGCUGCUGGAUGCUUUAGCCUUCUAGAAAACUUGACAAGCCUCAGCCAGCUGGCCAGAGCCUCUACCUCCAUCUGUGACAGGCAGGUUUUAAUUGGUUCUUGGGUCAUUUGUUACCUGCUGUACAUUUUAGCUGUAGCUACCUGUUUUAUUUGCUGUAGGGUUAGACCAUCUAGUACCUAACACCUGAGGACUUUACUGGAGUGAGGGGCAGAUAACUGUCUACCCUAUUGGUACUGAAACUGUGAUCCAGGGGGAUUGUUGUCUUCUAGAAGAUGCCAAAUCCCAGCAGAGAGGAAUAAUGGCUCAGUGGUUAGAGCACUACAUGGGACUCAGGAGACCUGGGUUCACAUCCUUGCUUUGCCAGACUUCAAGUGGGACCUUGAGUGAGUCCUCUGUGCCUCCAUUCCCCUUCUGAGCAAUGGGGAAAAUAGCACUGCCCUACCUCAUGAGAGACUGUGAAAUUAAACAUGUGUUCCUCCCCCUAUCAGAUGCAUAGGGACGCACUGUCCAGACACCAGUCCUAGUAUCUUUUGUACAUCAUUCAGGGACAAUUUUAUUGGCUGUUGGAAUUACCUGCAGUUACUGAGCUGGCUGAACCUGACCUAUCUGCAAGGGGCAACCAUCCAGCCCUCCAACACACCAGACUGGCUGGUCUCGGCUAUCCAGCACGCCAGCCCUUGUUAACAGGCCUCUGCUCAGCAUGCAGAUUGGACAGCAGUCAUUUCCUCACCUCCAGCAUCUCAUGGAAAAGAUGGAGGCUACUCAUGCUUGAAUGUCAAAAGUACCCUCCCCUUCCCUGACACAAUCCCUCCCUGGGUUUUAAAGCUGUGCUUAAAACAAGAAGCAAGAGUAGAUGCCAUAUUUAUGUAUUUAUUAGGAAUUUUAAAUGUAAAUAUUAACUUAAAAGGUAAUAUAAAAAUAGGAUUUUUUUCCCCUGUGUGGUAGUUGUUUAUACAGAGCUCUAGCCCCGCCAGUUUUUUUUAAAUAUUUCCAGUUUUUAUACAUGACUUGUAUGAAGGAAGAAUAAACUUUUUUUAUACGCUAAAA